AUGACCAAAGAUGACCGUUCCCUAGAGGUCAAGACGGUUGCGGCCGUUUUCAUGUCCGUGGCAUCGGUGGCUGUGAUCUUGCGCUGCUAUGUGCGCGGAUGGGUGGUGAAGGCCUUUGGGUGGGAUGACGCGGUGAUGGUCAUCGCCAUGAUUUUCUAUGCGAUGUUCUCUGGUUGCAUGAUUGGCGGGGCCAUACAUGGAACUGGUCGUAAAUUCGCAGUGUUGACAGCACAUGAACGGGUGACCGCGAUGAGGUACUGGUGGCUCUGUGAGAUCGCCUACUGCUUCGCGUCUUUCGGCUGUAAAGUCUCCGUCUGUAUCUUCUUGCUUCGUAUCACCGUCAAGCGAGCCCAUAUCUGGAUCCUGUACACCGUCAUGCUUCUCACCGUUCUUGCUGGUCUGGCAUUCAUGUUCGUCUUGUUGCUCCAGUGUAGACCGCUGGCAUACUUUUGGACUCGCACGGCCUUUGAUGCCAAUAUCAAAGGAUCCUGUAUCAGCAUGGACAUUAUUGUUGUUAUGACAUAUAUAUACAGCGCCUUUGCAGCUCUGUGCGAUUUCACCGUGGGAAUUCUACCCAUCUUCAUCGUCCACAAGCUGCACAUGCGCACCAAGACCAAGCUGGCCGUGAUAGGCAUUCUCAGCAUGGCCUGCAUUGCUUCUUCAGCCGUUAUUAUUCGAAUCCCCUACGUGCGAACAUUCAAGGACCCCGAUUUCCUCUACGCCACCGUCGAAAUCGCCCUCUGGUCCAACAUUGAAACCGGCCUCGGAAUCACAGCAGGCAGUCUCGCGACCCUCCGCCCCCUGGUCCGAAAGUGGCUCGGCUCCGCCCACGACCCCUACUACGAUACCUCUCGUUUCCAGGGUCCAUCGGGGUCCCGUCGUCACCCAGACACCAGCCGAGACCGUCCCCUGCCCCUGGGAUCAAUCGACCACGAUGGCGUCCACGGACACGGACACGGACGACUCCGCCCGGACAAACUCGCCGUCACCGUGACGACCGUGCACACCCACCACGACUCCGGGGACCGGUGGACGGUCUCGGGCAGCCUGAACAGCAGCGAGGAGCGCCUGACGGCCGACCAGCAAAAGGCGCCAGUUUCCAGUCCCUUUGCGGCGCAGAUGACGGGGGGGAUUCAUCGGACGUUUGAGUUGACGCAGACCUCGACGAAUCUGCCGCCGACGGGGGUGAAGGACCGGUUUUGAAUGAAUUUACAAGAGAGAGAGAGAAAUAAAUAAAUAAUAAAC